AUGGUAACUCGGGUGACCCUGACGAACCCUCCACAUCCCGUUUUAGCCGGUCAACCCUUCAACUUUACAUGUGUGACCUCGGCCAGUAAACCUCAGGCCUGUAUAAGAUCAUACAUACGGAGAUCCAGUAAUGUCUCCGAAAUAGACCCAGGUGACUGUAUCUGGAACUCCAGCUCGGUGCAGACCACAAACCGGACAUUUACAUUUACUGUUACGGCCGAGGAGAACGGAGCUGAACUGUACUGUACAGCCAACAACCGCGUGACGGAUCCUCCCGUGCAAUCACAAGCCUCCUCACUCAAUGUACAGUAUCCUCCACAGAAUGGCGUCAGAGUGUCAGGUUAUGUUAACAACACAGCCGUGGAGUCUGGGCAAAAACUGUCCUUGACCUGUCAGGUGGGAAAGGGAAAUCCCCGAGCAACACUCGUCUGGUCCUCGGGGUGUGGUCAGACAAACACAUUCCCUGGUAACGAUGGAAGCCAGCAGAUCAAUAGCAGUAUAACCGUCGAUCCGUCCCAAAACCAGAAGACGUGUGUAUUCGGGCCUGACAGUAUACAGCUCCGAGCAGAUUCCGGACAAUCGGGAAACACAGUCACAGUCACAGAAAACACCAACGUGACAUUUACAUGUAACGCCAGUGAAUCAAAUCCUGCUGCCGUCCUCUCCUGGAAAAACAACAACAGUGCUAUAGCAGCAGCAGAGAUAUCAGAAGUCAGCUCACCGCCAGGGCACAAUCACGGUUACCUGACAACACAAAGGUACAAAGUGAGAGUUGAUCGAUAUCAGGAUGGUGACGUCAUCAGAUGUGGAGCUCGGAGAUCUGGUAUUAGAAGCAGUAAACGUGUAUCUUCCAACUUAACAUUGGAUGUCAGGUGUAAGUCUUUCUUCAUUAUGAAUGCAGCUUUAAUAUGA